GCUUCUUGCGUGAAAAUCUCGUUCAAAUGCGCAAAUUUGCAUAGUUUACUUAUGCGCUCUUCUGUUUCAGGCGUGCAUUGUGGAUGAAUCAUCAAAAAACCGCUGAUUCAUCACCGCAAAUCGACCUGUUUCAGCGGGUGGCACCGACGAGAUGGUGCGAUAGGUGAGAUUUUGACAGCAGCAUGCAAUUUGCUACAUACCAACAGCAUAAAAACACGUCGCUGCAGAAACGGCUACCGAAACGGCCGGAAGGUGAGUGGAAAGGUUGUGGCAGGUGUCCGGCUGGCCGGUGUAGGAGACGGGGUAAGGUAAGAAGUUUCUUCUGCCAGCAGAAGACGAGCCCGGAGUAAUGCAAUCGUCCUCUUCCGCGAUCAUCGUGACUUCGCGCAGAGAGCAAACGUGUAAAACUUGUUUGUACGCUCGCACCGGAACGGUGGUUUCGGCGAGCCGGCACCAGCUUGAAUCAUUCAGUCUCGAAACGUACACGGUCGGAGUCGGACGCAAAGCUGGAACUGGUCUUCCGACACUUUAUUGCGUGCGCGAGUGCUAGCCGAAUCGGAUGUUAGGAUCAUCGUUGCCCUGGAAACCGCCGCAGGUUGUUUGAUCGCUGGUGCGCUUCGAUAAUACACAUCGGUGGAGAUUACGACCACCGGAUGACAUAACCCCAGUGGUGUGCGGAUGUGCUGUGAUUUAAGCGCCGGAACCGGUCGUACAUCGUUGGUGAUUUAUUGUUACGGUCCAGCCGGUGAGGAAGACUUCCUUUAGCUGAUCCGUUUCAAACGACCCGCUUUCCGAAGUGGAUUAUGUAACGUGGCUUGCUAAGAAAUUAUCCCGUGGAACGUGAGCAAGAUACCCGUUGAUCCGGAGUGUCCAAAGCGGUGGCUGAAUACCGGUUUCGAACAGUGACCUACUAACAGCGCGUAUAACGGAGCUUUGGUGUGUAACGGCGUGCCACGAGUGACUCGAUAGGUUUUCCUUUUGUUUCCCACAAACAACACCCGAGAAAGAGAGGACCACGAGGGGAACAAACAUUUUUUUAGACCACUCGUGUCAGAAGCAACCAAAGAAGGCAGAAAAACGAUUUAAAGCCACGAAAAAAAGAAGACCAGUGUACACGGAAAGCUGGUAAAAAGCAGAUCGCGCUUUGUGGUGGAAAGCAGACGAGAGAAAGAAGUAAGAAAGACUUCAACCGCCGCGAGGGUUCGUGAACGUGCGAUCGAAUCGUAGCGUAGAAAAGAAAGCUCGGACUGUGUGGCUGCCCAGUCUCUCGCGUCAGCGUCUUUGGAGAAAGUUACACGCGCAUUCGGAUCGUCAGCCAUGAGCAAGAGCGGAACCGGACAGGGCCAGUGGCCGGCGGAUGUCGGCAUUGUUGGAAUACAGAUCGUCUUCCCGUCACAGUUCGUCGAUCAGACGGAGCUGGAAGCGUUCGAUGGGGUGUCGGCCGGCAAGUACACGGUCGGGCUGGGCCAGCAACGGAUGGGCUUCUGUUCCGACCGGGAGGACAUCAACUCCCUAUGCCUGACCGCCGUACGCAAGCUGCUCGACGAGCAGAAGAUUCCCUUGUCGCGGAUCGGCCGACUCGAGGUCGGCACCGAGACGAUCGUGGACAAGUCGAAGAGUGUAAAGUCGGUGCUGAUGCAAUUGUUCGAACCGGAAGGUGUGACCGAUCUGGAAGGGAUCGAUACGACUAACGCGUGUUACGGUGGGACGGCCGCAUUGCUGAACGCGAUCAACUGGAUUGAAUCGUCCAGCUGGGACGGCCGUUUGGCGCUCGUCGUGUGCGGUGAUAUAGCAGUGUACGCGCAGGGAUCGGCCCGUCCGACCGGGGGGGCCGGUGCGGUGGCCAUGCUUAUUGGGCCGGAUGCACCGCUUCGCUUCGAACGCGGACUGCGGGCAACCUACAUGAAGCAUGCGUACGAUUUCUACAAACCCGACCUCAGCUCCGAGUAUCCCGUCGUGGACGGGAAGCUUUCGAUCCAGUGCUACCUAAGUGCCCUUGACGCGUGCUAUCAACUGUACCGGACGAAGUUUGCCCAGCGACACCCGGACAUUGUCACGCCCGUCACGCUCGACACAUUCGAUGCGGUUAUCUUCCACAGCCCUUACUGCAAGCUGGUGCAGAAGUCGUUGGCACGUAUUGGGCUGAACGAUUUCGUGCUAACGCCGCCCGACCAGCGUGCCACGCUGUUCCCGGGAUUCGAACAGUUCGCGAACGUGCGGCUCGAGGAUACGUACUUCGAUCGGGACGUGGAGAAAGCGUUCAUGACGCAGUACGCGCCGGUGUUUGCGGCCAAAACGAAACGCUCGCUGCAUCUGGCCAGCCAGGUCGGCAACAUGUACACGCCGUCCGUGUACAGCUGUUUGGUUUCGCUGCUGGUCGGUUCCGAUGUGGAUGAGCUGCUGGGCAAGCGGGUUGGCGUGUUUUCGUACGGUUCCGGGCUGGCGUCCUCGAUGUACUCGAUCGCGGUUACAACGGACCGGGAGCGAUUGGCCGAUUUCAAACGUCAGCUCAACUACGUUCAACCGAUGCUGGAUCGUCGAACGAAGGUAGACCCGGCCGAGUUUACCAAGCUGAUGGAGGUGCGCGAGAAGAACAACCAUGCGGCACCGUACGAACCGUCCGGUUCCGUUGAUGUACUGUUCCCGGGCACCUACUACCUGAAGGCGGUCGACUCGAUGCACCGACGGACGUACGAACGUGUGCCACCGGAGCAACCUUCCUCGUGAGCUACCACCAUGACCAGAGCCGUAACGAAAGCUGAUUGCAAACACUCGAAACUAACACACAUACGCGCUCGCGCUUUCGCCUUUCCGCCUUCGAAGACUGUUGCCCGGGGGAUGCUGCUUCCAAGGAGUGUACUUUUGUUUAUCUUUGUUUAAUGUAAGCUUCUGCUCCGAUCGCGAUCGCCGAGCAAUCCGAUCAGACUGUAGAGUUUGUUAAUUCAGAAGAGCCAGUUGAGCCAGUCAGGAAGAUGAUAUAACUAUGCAUGAAGUUGUUUUUUUUAUAUAGUGGAUUAGUUAGAAUAGUUAGAGAAACACACACACACACAAACACCAAAAAUGGUGCGGCACGGUCCACGGUGGUGUUUUUUUUUCGUGUACGAAUUUUUCCUCUCUCCACCCGUGGUUUGGUGUCCGAUCGGUUGUGUUAAUAUGAUUCGUUUGUUCAUUUUUUAUACGAGAUGAAAAGUAUCAAGACAAAAUGUAUGGUGAACUGUA